AUGCGCAAGGUUCAAACUCGUCUGCUGGUAAACCACAGUCCUAUCGAAGAAGCUGUCGGCGGAGCAGCAGCCGCUUGUUAUAAGAUGUCUAAACAUAACUUCGAUAUGACGCCUUACCGUUUCGGAGCUAAGAAGCAGCGAGUUGAGACCGAGGAGGAUGAUAAGAAAAUUAGCACUCCCAGCCCGGCUAACGGUCCCACAGUCAGCAUUAUUCGUCGGGAAAUGUGCCUUUACUGUUUCGAUGUCCUACACAAGCAAUUAUUUAACCAGGACCCACCGCCCCACCCAACUACUUUUCCAAACCACGCAUACCCUCUCUUUGUUACCUGGACGUAUGGCAAAGACCAUAGGCUUCGCGGUUGCAUAGGAACGUUUAAGGCGAUGAAUCUUCAUAGCGGUCUUCGGAAAUAUGCGAUUACAAGUGCGAUGUGCGAUAGCAGAUUUUCUCCGAUUACCCAACAGGAAUUCCCGCAUCUCUCCUGCUCAGUCUCAAUUCUGAUCGAUUUCGAGGAGGGCCAGAAUUACAAGGACUGGCAGCUUGAUCCUAGCCUGAUGUGUUCCGUCGGUAUUGAUCCCUCUGGGUCCCCCUUGUGCAUGUUGCUUAACUUUAAUUUGCCACAGAAGUGUGGUCAGAUUUAUAUUGUCUCCACCUGUUGGGCAAUCUUCGGAAAUAAAAAUGACCCAUUCUUUGGCUUCGAAUACGGAGUCAGUCUGUUUACGCUCUCUGGUGCUCUACACAAUGUUAUCUACGACUAA